AAGACAACAGACAGACAAUGUCAGUUUGGAAAUUGGAAUUGGAAGUGAAGAUACAGAAUUUAAUUUUGUAAUACAGUUUGUUUACCGUUCACCGUUGCAUGCUUUGGGGUUUAAUUUAGUAAUUCUGUUAAUGCAUAUAGCGCUACACUAUAUAGCUGGGUACUUGAUAGUACAGUAUAAUAUUAGGGCAAGGCGAGAUGGCUACACUAGAAGAUGAAAUCAGAGAUCUCAAAGAGAAAAACAAUGAAUUGGUCCAGAAAGUGCAAUUUUGGAAGGUGGCUGCAGCCAGUAAAGAGAAUGAGAAGCUAGAACUGAUGAAGGAGAUAAAUGAAUUGAGAUUGAAGCUUAGUAGAAUAAGAAGCGGCGGGGCAGCUCAAGCACGGAAGUUGGAAACGGCGCUACAGACCGCAAGCGAGGAAGCGUUGACACACCUCGUGAACGCCUCCAGUGCUGUCGCGCGAACCAUGGAGCUGGCGAAGUCAUACAUGCAAGACAGGCAGGACCUGGACAAUGCUUCUCCGCGAUGGAGUGCCAUCGGAGCCACCCCAAACUCCGAGAGAGUUCACAGAGUGCCCCCCAUGCUAAUUGGGGGGCAGUCGAUACAGCCUGUCGUGUCUUUGAGCAGGACUCCGUUAAACGCCAGCAGCCAUUCACAUUCACGUACAAUUGCCGUGUCUCGGAGCCCCAAUCAAAAUAGGAGUGUGACUGAGAGAGCCGUGCCUGUACACUUGUUACAAGAUGUUUACAUCCCACUAACCCGGAUAGAUGUCACGGAUAUCCCCGGGAACAGUAUGGAGACAGAGACUGAAUCUAAUGAUUUAGAUAACAGCGCUGAGGACUUAGGUCUUGAAGACAGCGGCGAGAGGUCGGUGGAGGAUUCGCGAAAUAUAUCAGACGAUUUUGAAACAUCGAGAAGGUUGGAGGCUGUCGCAGAGGACCUGGAGCCAGAAGAUGUAGAUGAAACGCCAUCUAGAAACAGAAUAGAUAAUCCUUUAGAAGGACCUAGUUGGCUAUUGGAUCGCCCUUCUAGUUCUAGGUCCAGAACUCGCAGCGUGAAGAAGAAGAACAACCUGGAGCCCGACUCCACCACCAGGGAUGAGGCCGCGCCGCCGCCCCGGCCCGCUGACGACGAGCCCAGCCUCAUAGCGGCCGCGUUCUCGCCCACGCUGCGCCGGCGCAAGCGCACGUCGACGCCGCCGCGCGCGUCCCGCCCGCGCGCCUCCGCCUCGCCUACCGCCAGUGACAACUACUCGCCCAGGCCUGCCACUGCCAGGAGGAACAGCAAUAGCGGGCGCGUGCUGAAGGUGCUGGUGGCCAAGAUGCGGCUGGACAGCGACAGCGACGACGAUAACGAUGCUGCGCCGCCCAAGAGGCCGGCGCGGGGCUGCGCGCGACCGGCGCGCGACGUUUCUCCCGCUCAAAGAUUGCUCGGAUUCGACGCGCCCAGUCCGAACGGUGCUACCGACGCCAGAGUUAUUGUGCUAGAACAAAUGCUCAAUAUGCAAUCGGAGCGUGGUUCCGGCGAGCCCGCGGCAACCGGGCGCCGGGACAGCCGGCUGCGGGCCCGGGACGCCGGCGACGGACACGGCCGGGAUACAGUGACCUUUGGGGACAGCCCCGACCAUAGUAAAGACGCCCAAAAUCGCUUGGCAGAUCAUAAUGAUCGAAGGAGUGGUGCUAGCGGCCGAUUGGCACGUGAAGAUGAAGUCAUGGUCGUCACGUAUAAGGGCGGGAAGUUAGGUGCAAGUACUGUAGAUACAGAAGCGAAUUUUUCCCACACGGGACCCAAAACGGGUGAGGGUAGGCGGGAUGAAGAAGGAAUGGAGGUUUCUAAUAGGGACGAAAGUAGAGUGGGGAGUGUGGGGGAUAGUAUGGAGCUCACGGGUAGGAUGGGGAGCGUGGGCCCCGAUGGCAGGGACAGCGACAGCAGCACCGACCAGGCCAGGGAGGGCAGGACGCGGCGGCCGAGGAAGCAAGUUGUUUAUAAGGAGAAACCGCUCAAUAGGAAAAUGCGAAGAUGAUCGCCGCAUCGCUAUUUAUUUAAUCCCAUAUAGUAUUAUAUGCUGAAGCACAGUAUGUACCUGCUACGCGAAGGCUGAUAUUUAAUAAUUAAAAUAUUGUAUUAACAUGUCAUAAUAUCAGCGGUCGGCAACCUUCGGCACGUGGCCCGAAGACUUCUUUCGUAAAAUAUAUUUUUUUUUUUGCAUAGCCAUGUUCGUUUCUCUGUGGUAACAUAAUAAAAUAGGGUACUUGUCUGUGUUUAAAAUGACGUGUGUAAAAUACGUUCACAUAAUGAAACACGACAAUCAAAUGUCACUUUAAUUUUGACCAAUUUUAUUUAUAUAUAUACAUUUAGUAUUUUUUUCACAUUAAAUUGUAAUUAAAUCAGUUUUUGACUCGCAACAUUUGUGACGUUAUAUGCUGCAUAGUGUACGCAAUUUAGAACUUACUAGAAGUUGCCCGGGGCUUCGCUCCCGUGGGAAUUUUGAGAUAAAAUAUAUCCUAUAGCAAUCUUGGAUAAUGUACAUUUCCAAUGGUGAAAUAUUUUUUUGAAAUAGGUUCAGUAAUUUUGUUAUUACCCGCCUCAAACGUACAAAAUCACAAACGCUCACCUCUUUAAAAUAAUAGUAUAUAUUAAACAUUGUUUUAUAUUGAAAUAAAGAUCCGAAUACGAGAUAAAAUUCCUUUAUAAUAUUGCGACAAGAUCAACACACAUAAAUAAAUAUAUAAGGACAAAUCACACAGAUUGAGUUAGCCCCAAAGUAAGUUCGAAACUUGUGUUAUGGGAUACUGACUCAACGAUACUAUAUUCUAUAACAUAUACAUAUAUAGAUGAAAAUGCAAGACCCAAUCUGAAAAAGAUAAUUUUCCAUGUUGACCUGACCGGGGUGCGAACCGGGGACCUCCAGUGUAGCAGUCCGGUAUGGUGGCCAUUAAGCCACUUAUGUCGUCGAUUAUCCUAUUGUUAUUUUUACAUGACUAUGGAAAUUCUAAUUAUAAUUUUAAUUGGAACAAUAAAUAUUGUGUGCCCUCCGUUACAAGGUUACAUUUAUGAAUAUUGACGAAGUGUCAAAUGUGACACUUCUUUGACAAGGAGUUUUUAUCUCCUGUCAAGUACAUAUUACCAGCCAGUUAUGAUAUAAGAAACCUCUAACAGAAAAAGUAUCUGAUUCUACCUGAUGGCCACUACCCUAUACCCCAAAGCUUAAAAUAAUUAAAAUGAAUUUCUUUUUGACAACAAUUAUUUUUAUUGUCUCGAGUAGUUGUGGAAUUAUGGAUUCUAUUGGUCAUGUCAUGACCAACUUGUACCCAUAUAGGAUUACAUUUCUAUGCAUAAAACUACAAAUGUGGCCUGUAUUUACUCUAUUUUAGGGUGAAUUUCACGAGCUUUUUGAACGCCGUCGUGGGCUGUCAUUAGUGUUUAUUAAAUUGUACCAUACACAGUAAUCAAUUUAAUUAUCCUAUUUUAUAAAUAAGUAAUGUACUGGUACAAUGUUCAUUUUAUAAAUGUUUAACUAGUUGUUCGCCGCCAACUUGACCUCGCGAACCUCGA